UCGACCGCCACCACCGUCUCCUCCUCGUACCUGCCUCCAAUGUGGCAAGAUCAAAACCCAUACGGCGCCUCGGGCUCCCAGAGCGCGUACUACGCCCAGAACCUCCAGCCUCAGGCGACUCCACUCCAGUUCUACGCGCCCGCCUCCCCCGAUGCCGGCGGCUUUUAUCCGGGCUCGCGGCCAAGUCUUGAGGGCACCAUGGGCUCUCAGGGCUCUAUAAGACCACAGGGAGCGGCCCCAGCGUAUGGCGGCAAUAUCCAGACGCAGCAACCCUGGUGGACAGCGUUUGGGACAGGUGGUUUUGAGGGAGAGCCACCAUUGCUGGAGGAGCUCGGCAUCAACUUCUCUCACAUACGCGGCAAGUCGAUGACGGUCCUCAAUCCAAUGAGCCGCAUAGACGAACACAUCAUGGACGAUGCCGACCUCGCAGGACCGAUUAUCUACGUCUUUUGCUUUGGGAUGUUCCUUCUGCUAUCCGGCAAGCCUAAUUUCGGCUACAUCUACGGCGUUGGGCUGUUUGGAUCCAUGUCCCUCUACAUUCUCCUCAACCUCAUGUCUGAACGACCCAUCGAUGCCUUCCGUGUUACUUCCGUGCUCGGAUACUGCUUGCUACCCAUGGUCGGCGUGAGCGCCGUCAGUGUCAUGGUGACCCUCGACGGCAUGUUCGGCUACCUCUUGUCCUUCCUCUCCGUCUUGUGGUGUACCUACUCUGCAUCAGGCAUCUUCGUCUCGGUCUUGCAGAUGUCGCAGCAGCGCGUCUUGGUCGCAUACCCCGUUUUAUUACUGUACGGAUGCUUCGCUUUGCUCAGUGUCUUCGACGGAACUGGUACAGCCAAAUAAUGCAUGCGUGUGUACUAGUAUUUCAUCGCUCUCAACCAAUGGAUCAAGCAGCUCAAA